GAGACCAGAAGACUCGCACGAAACUCCUUUAUUUAAUUACUUAUUUUUAAUAUAAGAAGAAGAAGUAGUUCAAUUUUAAGUCAUUUAACUACUUCAGGACUAAUAAGAUGAAGUGUGUGCAGAAUCCUGGGUGUCUGGCUGUUUUCGCUCUCGCUUCAGUCUCACUGCUGUACAGCCGAACCGUCGAGUGUGUAGAAACCAGCACGAGCCGAGACCCGAACCUCUCCCAGAACCGCACACUCAAUGAACCCCAGGUCCCUGGUCACAUCGUCUGCUCAAGGGAAAAAGACAGUUACUGUAUUUACGGCCGCUGUUCAUUUCAUGAGAACAUCAACACAACCUCCUGCACGUGUGACGCGGGGUAUAUAGGUAGUCGGUGUGAGCUGAGAGACCUGCGCGUGAUGAGCCCCCAUAAGCUAGAGGAGGUGAUCGCUAUCAGCUGCGGCAUGUGUGUCCUGCUCGCCUGCGUGUGUGUGCUCUCCUACUGCUGCUACAGGAACUGGGGCAGAAAACCAGCUCUUCCGUAUGGAAAGCAGGGAAACAUGGUGUGAGAGAGAGAGAGAGUACUGAGGUCAGUACUAUGGGCUGAAUAACUCCUUCAUCAUCAUCAUCAUCAUCAUUAUCAUCGUUAAUGUUGUUGUUGUUGUAAUCAGGUGUGUGUCAGUACACACUGCAAGACUUCCGUUUUAUAUUUACACUCUCCUGUAUUUAUUGUUUAUUAAAAUCAGCUAAAGUUUAUUUCUAAUAUUUAUUUAUAUUGUUUCUCAAUAAAUAAAUAAAAAAACAUUUUAAAGAGUUCUGUAGUUUGUUUAAAGUGUGUGUGUGUGUGGGGGCGGGGGGGUGUCUACCUAUGUUACAGUUACACACACACUUAGAUCACGUCACGUUUACUUUCCAUGAGGAACAAGAAUUAAAAAACAACCUUUCACAUGAACAGGAAAAUAAGUAGGUCUGAAAGAUGCAGGUGUGGGUAGAGCUUCAUUGUGCAGGUGUGGGUGGAGCUUCAUUGUGCAGGUGUGGGUGGAGCUUCAUUGUGCAGGUGUGGGUGGAGCUUCAUUGUGCAGGUGUGGGUGGAGCUUCAUUGUGCAGGUGUGGGUGGAGCCUCAUUGUGCAGGUGUGGGUGGAGCCUCAUUGUGCAGGUGUGGGUGGAGCCUCAUUGAGCAGGUGUGGGUGGAGCCUCAUUGUGCAGGUGUGGGUGAAGCCUCAUUGUGCAGGCGUGGGUGGAGCCUCAUUGUGCAGGUGUGGGUGGAGCCUCAUUGUGCAGGUGUGGGUGGAGCCUCAUUGAGCAGGUGUGGGUGGAGCCUCAUUGUGCAGGUGUGGGUGAAGCCUCAUUGUGCAGGCGUGGGUGGAGCCUCAUUGUGCAGGUGUGGGUGGAGCUUCAUUGAGCAGGUGUGGGUGGAGCCUAAUUG